UAACCUCGUCCUGUGUACCAAGCGGUCUCAGUUCAGCGGUCUACCUUUCACUGGUCUUCAAGCCUUCGGUCAAGAUGAGUGAUAAGCCAGACUUGUCUGAAGUGGAGAAGUUUGACAAGUCAAAACUGAAGAAAACUAACACUAAAGAAAAAAACACUCUUCCCUCAAAGGAAACUAUCCAGCAGGAGAAAGAGUGUGGUCAAACAUCGUAAGAUGGGGAUCUCCUUGCAAGAGCAAAUUUCAACAUUGCUUGAGUGUCUUGAUUUUGGUAAAACUUUGUAGAGAUUUUAGGCAUCUUCUGAUGUCUUCUCACCCAUAAUCCCUGGCUAAGAGGUCAGGGGUAGCCUACGUUCCCUGACAUUCAUUUUAAAACUUCCAUUGGUGCGUAAAUUCCAGCUGGCAGAUGCUGUCAAUAAUCCAACCGUUGAUGACCUUUGUGCUUGUAGUCUUUGCACCCCCUACCGGAUAAGCCACUUUUAACUUUCUACAAUGGUUCCCUCUAUUGCUUUAUAAUGUUCAUGAAGUU